GAUUCAUCGCUCGCACGCCGCUAUCAGCCACCGAAGCGGAGACGCGAGAGCGAUCAGUUUAUCCAGGUUUACCCUGAACGCCGGGUUCUCUCGUUCGCGUCAUCAUCCUAGCGUUCUCGUCAUCCCGUUUAAGGAAACGCCGUUCCUCCUCGUGAACGUCGACGCGCCGGGAAUUCGACGCCGCGAGAACGCAUCCGCGCAGCUGCGUGCGCGAUCGAGAGCACGCACGCGCGCCUGUCAUGUGUAAGUGUAUUGUAUGAGCGUGGAUCGUCGGGCGUUCUCGCGUACGUGUAUGCGAGCGCGACCGCGUGCGGGCGGUUCCCACACGACGUCGUCCGUGCAACAAGUGUCAAGAGGAGUAGGAGGCGGCGGCGGCAGCGGCGGUGGUUCCUUCAACUGUGCGGUGGUGUGGAAUACUUGGUGCAUGGUGCUGGUGGAUCGGUGUGAGUGACGGAUCGGUUGGACGGCUCGCGACGAUCUCACCAUCAACACCAUCGUCAUCAUCGUUAUCGUCAUCACGACGUGCUGAAAGGAUUCGUCACCGGCGAGGGCGCGGGAUGGGCUGCGCCGUGAGCACCACCGGCGAGAAGGAGGCCGCCGAGCGAUCCAAAAAGAUCGACAAGGACCUCCGCGCUGAUGGCGAGCGAACCGCCAGCGAGGUCAAGCUCCUGCUGCUCGGUGCUGGCGAGUCUGGCAAGUCCACGAUAGUGAAACAAAUGAAAAUCAUUCACGAGACGGGCUACAGUAGAGAGGAAUGUGAGCAGUACACAAAAGUAGUAUACAGCAAUACAAUACAGAGUCUAAUGACAAUAAUAAGAGCUAUGGGGGAGCUUAGGAUUGAUUUUGCUGAUCCCAAUAAAGCGGAUAUGGCGCGACAAUUUUUCACCCUCGCAUCGGCGGCAGAGGAAGGUGAACUAACAGGGGAUCUAGCGUUAUUAAUGAAACGAUUAUGGCAGGACGCGGGAGUGCAGCUUUGUUUCACGCGUAACAGAGAAUACCUGCUCAACGAUUCGGCAGCGUACUAUCUUAACGCACUUGACCGCAUAUCGCAACACAAUUACAUCCCGACACAGCAGGAUGUUCUGCGGACGCGUGUCAAAACUACGGGAAUCGUGGAGACGCAUUUUUCCUUCAAGGGUCUACACUUCAAAAUGUUUGAUGUCGGUGGCCAACGAUCCGAGAGAAAAAAGUGGAUACACUGUUUCGAGGGGGUCACCGCGAUUAUCUUCUGCGUCGCUCUGAGUGGUUAUGACCUAGUGCUGGCGGAGGAUGAGGAAAUGAAUCGUAUGAUAGAAUCGAUGAAGCUGUUCGAUUCGAUUUGCAAUAGCAAAUGGUUCGUCGAAACGUCGAUCAUACUGUUUCUGAACAAGAAAGAUCUGUUCGAGGAUAAAAUUACCAAAAGUCCGCUAACCAUCUGCUUCCCGGAAUACAAGGGUGCUAACACAUACGAGGAGUGCGCUUCCUACAUUCAGAUGAAAUUCGAGAAUCUGAACAAGAGAAAGGAUCAGAAGCAGAUCUACACGCACUUUACGUGCGCUACAGAUACGUCCAACAUACAAUUCGUGUUUGAUGCUGUAACAGACGUGAUAAUCAAGAACAACCUGAGUAAUUGCGGUUUAUUAAGCUAAGUAUUCAAAUACUCGAUCAGAGCAAACUGUUGGAAAAAACAGAAAGCGUAUAUCUCAACACAUGUUGACGAUUCGUAGAUCUUUACAAAAACACAGGGGAAUGACAAAGAGACUGAUCGAAAAUUAUGAAAAGUGUACCGCGUAUCGUUAAUAACGUUUAAAUACGAAUAUACAUAUUCGAUCAUUAUUCGAUUAUUUUAUUCAGACAUUAGGCUCUUAAAAUAUUCUAUUGCAGUAUGACGUAAUUUUUUUACUCGAUUCUAUAGUUUUUAAUGAAUUGUCCUUUGUACAAAAUUCGUAAUUUUGUCGAGAUUUCUAUAAUACGCAUAUGCUAUUCCUUAAUUUAUUGGUUCUACAUUCGGCGAUUAGAUAUAACAAAGUAUUCUCAAAUUGCAAAGAAAUUAUUCACAAUACUCGAGAAUCAAAUGUCAAGAUAAAGCAUUUCAUGUUAUCGCCAAAAACAUUUUUUUAAUGCACUGUUUAAAACAUUGCAGUAAUUAUAUUUUUAGGAAAUUAAAAAAUGCAUUGAUGUGAUUAUUUAAUCAUAUCUUCAAAAAAUUUUUUAUUUUUGCGACAAGUCAUUGUGUAAACAUGUAUCUUUUCAGCAUAACAAAUCUUAAUUUUAAUUUGUUGAGAAACGCGAAAGCAAUAAAGUUUGCUUUGAAGAUAUGUAUAUAUAUUGAAGAUGAAAUUAAUUAUAUUAUAUAAAUUAUAUUAAUUAAUUUUAUUAAUGCACGAUUUUCCUAUAAAUAUAAUUAUUUGAGACAAUGCGCAGAAGAAAAAUUGAGGCAAUAAUGUUAAAUAUAUAAAUAUACAUACCGCACUUUUACUCCCGAUUAAGAAGAGCAGAUAAAGUGUUACUUUAUUUUUGCUAAAUGUAUUUAACUAUACUAACCGAGAACUUUAGAUAGCUCUAUUAAUUUAGUAAUACUUCUUGUAUAUAAUUUAUUACAUACACUAAAAACGACUAUAUGCUAAAUGGGAAUGCGUUUCCAUAUUUCUGCUCAUAUCCAUUUGUAUUAUGACAAAUAGAAAUUCAAUAUCUUAACGACGGACACGGUUCUCUGUGUUUCUUUUUCUACAGUAUAUAUUUAUCGAUUUGAGAAACAAUUUUUUUUGUACAAGCUUCGUUUUUUAUACAUGUAUUAAUAAGUAAUAAAACCGAGAUCAUUCUUAUUCCUCGAUUUGUUGAACCGAUGAAAUGACAAUAUUAUUAGUAUUAGUGCAAGUUCAAAUCAAAUCUCUUUAUACAGUUUAGAUCAAUAAAUGAAUUUUUUUA